CAACAUGGCGGCUCCUCCGGUGGCUCCUUGCUCGGAAGAAGCGCUCAUUCAGGAAGUUGAGCGCUAUCCGUGGUUAUGGAAUGCCAGCCGAAUGGAUUACCGGGACACGGCAAAGCGAGAUAAUUCCUGGAAGGCUAUUGGAAUCGCUUUGGGCAGCGACUCUAAUGCCUGCUGUCAGGCUUGGCGGGCCUUGAGGGCCAAGUAUGCAAGGGAAUCCAAAAAACAAAGUGGCCGGAGCGGUGCUGGCCGCGAUGAUGUUCCUGCGACGACAUGGCACCUGUUUAAAUAUCUCGCAUUCCUCAAGGGCCAGAUUCAGCACCGACGCACCAGAGUGCUCCCUGUUGCCAGGGGAGUGGCAUCCACCUCUGCAGCGGCAGCAGAAGCAGAAAAGUCGUGCAUGACCCCUAGAGAUCUGCUCAUGGAGGCCUACAGUCCUCAAGAAGAAGACGAAGGGCAGUCUGGGGUUCGAAGCAUCGACAGCGUGGAGGACACCCGUGACUCCAUGCUGGAGGACUUUGAACCCUCGGAGACCUGCGAGGUGCUGCUGCAGCUGGAGCAAAACCGCGAGCUGCCCACCCCUGUGCAGCUGGUGCCAGCUCAGUCACCAGCUUCACAGCAUGCUCCAGUGCAGCAGCACGCAUCGCCUGCCCAGGCAGCUGAUCAGCCGCCGGCCAAGAAGCGGGCAAAGAAGGUGGGGCGGGCCAACGCCCAGGCGGAAGAGGGGUCUCUUCGGCGUAUAGUCGAGGAGUCGACGAGACAAAUGGCAAGUCGGGCCGAAAACCCAGACUGUAACGAUCCUUUUAGGAUUUAUGGGAUUCAUGUAGGAAAUGAGAUAAGAAACUUGCCAGCCUGCCUCUGGAAUGAAGCGAAGUUUAAAGUUAACUCGCUUUUAUACGAACUGCACUGCAAAGCUGAGAGAGUGAGCAGUUCUCAAUCUUCAACUUCCGAAUAGGAAUUGUCCAUCACUACUUUGUGAUGUUCUUUAGGCCCUAGGCAACCAGUGGCACUUCACUGACUAAAUUUCUCAUCUACAGCUGGAACGCCAGAUGACCGGCUAUACUCCGUUUCCCCUUAUGGUGUACUGCAGCAAAUGCUAUGAGCCAUGGGAGGCAAUCCAAUGUUGUGCGUGACCUUUGGGAAAGGUGCAGCGAUGUGUGGGCUGUGUAGUCAGGUGAAGCAUUCACAGCACUGGAUUGGCUGCAAUGGCUCGUAGCAUCCACUGCAGUCAGUCAUAAGGUGAAAUGGCGUACAAGCUCUGGCACAGCACAAUUACUUCAAACAGAGGUAGGCUGGCAAGUUUGCUAUUUUUCGAGAACAGUCCUCAUUUGUAACACUACCCAAAAAAAUCACCUACUUCCCGAACUCGUCACACUUUGUUACCUUUCUAAAUAACUUUUCAUUUCUUUGUUUUCGAUACUGUUCCUCGAGGCCACUUGGCGAUUGGAAGUUGUGUUUUGG